AUGAAUGACGAUGAAACAUCAACUCACUCACCUAUACGUUUAUUACAAAAAUUAGCUGCUUAUCGUGCAUCAAUUGCUUCAACAUCAAUAUCAUCAUCAUCACCAUCACCACAAAAUGAACGUCAUUCAUCCAUUCUUACUGAGUCAACAAAUUUUUUUACACGUCUAUGGCGUCCAUCUCCUCAACAAUCGACACCAUCACCAACUUUAAUUGCUUCACAUGAAACACAGUCAGCAUCAUUUGAUCAUAUACCUGAACCAUGUUCAACAUCAAUAGAUGUGUCAUCUGGUUUAUCAUCACCAUCUAUGUUAAAUCGUCGUAUGUCAUUCAUACGUAAUGUAUCAUUGAAAAAUUCGUCAUCUAAUCAAAUUUCUUUACAAUCAUCAUCUAUGACAAUAGUACCUCCAAUAAUACCAUUAUUUCAAGCACAACCGACAACAUCAAGUACAGUGACAAAUCCUUCAUUAGAAGAUACAACAUCUGAACAACAAUUUGAUACAAAUAGUGAAUUAUUAUCUCAAAGUUUAGAAACAAAUAUUUAUAGUAGUAAUCCACGCUUAGUUAAUGAUCAAGAUGAUGAGAGAAAUUUUCAACAACAAUCAUUAACAUAUAAUGAACGACAUAGAAAAUUAGAUUCAAUAUUAAAACCAAUGAAAUUAGCUGUUGCACAAUUAUCAUCAUUACCUAUGAAAAUUAUUGAACAACAACAUCAUCAAGAUAGCGUUCCUUCGUCGGAACCUAGUAUCGAUAUUAGUACGGUAAGUUCAAAUAAUCUUUAG